AUGAAUAAUUCAAAUAUAUUGAAUAAAAGUAAAGAAUUAAUUGAAAUUUUUCUAAAGUCACUUAAAAAUGAUGCUUUUAGUGUGAAAUAUUUAAAUGAGUGUAAAAAUGUAGAUAUUUCAGAAUAUUACAGUGUUUUUUAUAUAUUGUAUUCAGAUAUAAUAAAUAAUGAUAAAAAUUUAGUUAUAUAUAAGGAUCAUUUAUUUUUUUUGUCUUUUUGUUACAUGAAUAAAUUACUUGAAAAGAGUUACAAAUUAUAUUCAAAUGAAGAAAAAAUAAAUAUAAGGAAUAAUUUUAUAAACAUUUUAUUUUCAUUACCUUUAGAUUAUAGUCAUAUAAUAGAUAAUAAUAUUUUGUGUUUAAAAGAAAAAUCAACUGAAAUUAUAAAAAGAAGAUUUAUGGAAAAUUUUCUCAAUGAAAAUAAUUUUAUAAUGGAAAGUUAUUUUAAUUUAACAGAUAAACAUCUAAUAAGUCAUUAUAUGAAUUCAACAAAAAAUAAAUACUCGCAGAUAUUAAGUAUAUUAUGUAUGCAUAAUGAUUAUGUUUAUUUUAGAUAUUUAUUAAAUUUUAUUAUAUUCUUUAUAUGUGAAAAUUUGAAAAGAAAAUUAUUAAUAUGUGAUUAUAAAGAAAAAGGAAAUAAUUGCAUUUUUAAUGAUAAUUGUAAAUUUCAAAAAGAAAAUGACUAUUUGAAUUGUGUUCUUCAAAUAAGUAUCAAUUUUAUAAAGGAAAUUUUUUAUAAUAUUAGUAAUGAAAGUUAUUCCAAUGUGCUUAGUAAAAAACAAUUAAAUUUUUUUCGUGGAAUUAUAAUAAAUGACGUAAAUGAAUUAUUUCAAUUUUUUUCAAUUAUAUUUUAUUAUUGCUUUUGUUUUAAUAAAAAAAACGAAUUUGAAUUAUUAAUAGAAUGCAUAAAAGAAUUGUCUUUUUUUUUACCAGCAUAUAUAUUUUUUAAUGAAUCUAAUUCACCAAUUAAAUUUUUAUUAAAUUUGUUAGUUGUUUAUCUUACAAAAAAUUCUAACAAUGACACUUAUGAUAAUAUUAGUAGAAAUGAUAAUAAUUACAAUGGUGUUAAUAAUAACGUAUUAACAUUAGAUGAUUUUUAUAAAUUAUAUGAAAAUUAUUUUUUCUUAAAUGAAUUAAAAUAUACACCAUUUAAUUUUUUACAAAAUAUUGAUAUAGUAGAAAAUUUACUAAUAAUUUUUUUAAAUAUAAUAGAAUAUAUAUCAAAAAUAAAUAACAAAACUUUUUUUCAACUAAAAGAAAAUGAAUUAAUGCAAUUUUUGUAUAAUUAUUUCAAUAUAAAUUUAAAUUUUUAUGAUAUUAAUAAUUAUAUCUUUCAAAAAACAUAUAUAAAAAUGAUUUUAAAUUUAUCUUUUAUACCUAUAUCUAAUUAUUUACACAAAAGAGAAAAUAAAUUAAAAUGUUUACACAUAUAUAUUCUAAAUAUAUUUAAAAAUAUAUAUCACCCAAAUGUAAAAAUUUUAAUAAAUAUAUUAACAAUAUGUAAAAAUAUAUUUGAUUAUAACAAAGAUUUGAUUUAUAUUAAAAAUAAGGAAAGUGAAUUUAAAAGCAAUAUAUAUAAUAUAUAUAAAACGGAUAAAGAAAGUUUAUUAAACAUAAAUAAUGAGAAAACAUUUAAUAAUCAAUUUAUUAUAACUUAUGAUGAUUUAAAGAAAUUAAUUAUUCUAAUGUUUAUAAGAUUUAUUAAAAUACCCAUAUAUAGAGAAAAAAAUUCUUCAAAUAAAAAGUUGAUGAUAGAAUUUUUUAAUAAUUAUGUAAAUCAAUAUAAUAUAGAAUGGUUUGAUGCCUAUUAUAAAGAUAUGGAAUUUUAUCAAAACAACGAUAAUAAUAAUGAUAAUAAUAAUAAUAAUGAUAAUAAUAAAAAUAAUUUAAAACAAAAAAUCAUCAGUUUAAUGAAAGUAUUAGUAACUUUAAACCAUGAAGUAUUUCAUAUCAUAAUAGAAGUUUUUUGUGAGUUUUUUAAAUUUUAUAAAAAUAUAAAUAUUUCUAAUUUAUAUAAUGAAACAAUGAAAGUACAGGAUUAUUUUAUUUAUGUUUUAUUAAGAACAUAUUAUCAGUUAUUAAAAAAUUUUGUUGAUAUAUUAAAAGAAUCAAAAAGAUUAAUUACUGAAGAUAAUAAAGAAAUAAUUACAAAUAUUAUAUCUUAUCAGCUAAGUAAUAUAGAUAAUGAAAAAAAUACAAGAGAUGCAUAUAUACAAAAUAAAAUUAAUUUAAGGGAUUCUAUUGAAAAUAAAAUUGUAGAAUUAAAUAUAGAAGAAGAAAACAACAAUGCAUUUAACAAUUUUUCUUCCUUUAAUAAAAAUGAAAUGAUUGUUGAAAACAAAGAAGAAUUAAAAAAAAAAAAAGAAUAUAUUGACUUGGAAUUAUUUCUAAUUAAAUGUUUAGAAAAAUAUAAAUGUUCUCCCUAUUAUGAAAUAUGUAAUAAAUGCAUAGAUAAUUUAUUGAAUUGUUAUAAAAUAAUUUUACAAAAGGAUUUCACUGAUUUUGCAAAAAUAUCAGAUAAUUUUGUUCUCUUUGAAUCAAAAAGGUUACAUUUUAUUUCAGAAACUGCUUAUAUUUUAAAUUAUAAUAAGGAUUUUGCAUUUUUUAUGAUGGAUAAUUUGAUGAAAAAUAUCAUGCAAAAUAAUUCAGAAAAUUCCUUUGAAUUAAAAAAAAAAUAUAUAGCUAUAUUUACAUCUAUAAUUAUAAAUUUAGAGAAUUUUCUUACAAAUGAAAUGAUAGAAAAAAUUUUGAACACAUUUUUAGAAUAUAAUAAGUCAACAGUUACUUUUAAAUAUAAUAAAGAAUUUUGUAUUUUUCUCUUAACAUUAAUAUCAAUAUUAAAGGUUGAUUGUGUGAAUGAAAAAGUCAUUUACGUUAAGUUAGCAUUACAAGACACUUACGAUUUUUUAACUGAUUUCAAUAAAAAUAUAACAAAUUUUGAUAAAUUUUAUGAUACUUUUUUUGCAAAUAUUGAUUAUAUGGAUAAAAAAAUAGAAACAUCUCAUUCAUUAUUUGAUAUAUUUAAAAUAGUUAAUAGUUACUUUUCCUUAUUUUCAUAUUAUAAAAUUCUUCAUAAAAUAAAAAAUAGUGCAAAGAAAAAUGUAAAUAAUUUCUAUGAUCAAAAUAAGGAAAACAAUAUUAAUAUUAAAGAAAGAGAUAUGUAUCAAUUAAUGAAUAGUAAUAUUUCUUUAAUAAAUGAGAAUGAACUUUUACAAGUUUCAAUAGACCUUUUUACAAAUAUAUUAUGUAUUAAUUCUCUUUUUAUUUAUAUGAUAAAUAAUAAUAUUUCUUUUCAAAAGUAUCCAAAUUGUUAUUUGGAUGUAAGUUAUUUUCAUUUAGAUGAGAAUGAAAAAGAAAUUUUUAGCUUAUAUAAUUUAAAUAAUAAAAGUAGCAAUUCUAAUAAUGAUUUUAAUAAUAUUAAUAGAAAUAAAAAAUCUGGUUUCACUUUUAAACUAUUACAUGAAAACAUUUGUAAUAUAAUUAAGAAAUUCAUUAAAGAAGGUUAUUUAUUUUUAUAUAAUGAUUGUAUUCAUAUAUUUAAUAAUAUUUUAUCUAAUAGUUUUAGAUUUAUGUCUUUUUAUUAUAUUAACAUUAAUGUUUUAUCUGUUUAUUUAUGUUUGAGCGAUCAGGUGAAAUAUUUAAUAAAUCACAAAAUAAUAAAUGAAUUAAUAAUUCAAUGGUAUUUUGAAAUAUUUUCUCAAUUCAUGGAAAAAAAUUUUCUUUAUAUUAGAGAAGAAUAUGAACAUAUAAAAAAAGUAAAUUCAGAACUAAAUAUUAAAAUAAAUAUUAACGAAGAUGAUUACAUAAUGUAUUAUGAUUAUUUAUAUAAUAACAAAAAUUAUAUAAUGAAUUUUUUAAAAAUAUGUAAAAAUUUAUUUGUAAUUCCAAAUGAUUUUAAGAAUAAUAAUGAUAAAGUAUUUUAUCAAAAUAUAUAUGAUAAUAAUAUAAACAGUAAUAAUCAAAAUAUAUUAUUGAAUUCCUUUUUACCUACUAUUGAAUAUUUAUUAAAUUAUUACGAUUGUGAUAUAAUAAAAAAAUGUUUAAAUUCUCUUGUAGAAAUAUCAGAAUCAAUUAUUAAAUUAACUUUUAAUUCAUCUUAUUUUCAUUUUUAUAUUCAUAUUAUUAAGAGUGUUUUUAAAACAUUCAUAUUAUUUAAUCCACAUAAUUUAAUAUUACGUCAAUAUAAAGAAAAUAAAGAGAAUAUUAACAACAUAUUUAAUGAAAACACUGAAGAAAAAGUAGAGGUUUUUAUUGGAGAAAUGAAUUUAUUUAUGAAAAAUGAUCCACUAGAAUUAAAUUCUUUUUUAAAUAUCUUUUCGUCUUCAAUUACAAGAAUAAGUAAAAAUUAUUUUCUUUUACAAAAAAAUAUUUUUAAUAUUAAUGAAAAUACAUCAUUUAAAGAACUUUUAGAUAUUGAUAGUGUAAAAUUUUUUAUAAUGUUAUUUCAAAAUGUAGAGAAUUCACACUUAUUUGAUAUUCAAGCUAUCAUAACUGAUUUAUUAAAACAAGAUGAUUCUGAAUAUUUCAAAAAUGUUUUAAUUCAGUAUAAAUUACAUAAAGAACAAUGA